ACACUUCCUCUUGAGUGGUUCUCCAAAUGGCCUCAAGUCCCACCUCCAUCCUCCUCUGCCCUCCAAUAGACAUCAAGAAAGACACCAAUGCUGGUGGCGUGGUCUUUGACUCCUUUUUGCUUCGAAAACAAACCAAGAUCCCGAGCGAGUUCAUAUGGCCUCCAAGUGAAAGGCCGAGCACUCUAAAAGAACUCAAUGUGCCAGUGGUGGACCUCGAGGGUUUCUUCCAAGGCGACGAGGCUUCCACACUGCGAGCGGCUGAGCUCAUCAGGACCACCUGCAGUAGCCACGGUUUCUUCCAGGUCACCAACCACGGUGUCGAUGCGUCACUCACCCAAGACGCAUUUGAUUGCAUGGAUGAAUUCUUUAGACUUCCCCUUAGCUGCAAGCUACAGGCGAAGAGGAAGCCAGGGAGCCUGUGGGGGUAUGCCGGGGCUCACUCCGACCGCUUCUCCUCCAAACUACCUUGGAAGGAGACCCUCUCCUUUGGCUACCUUGAGUCUGGUCCUGAACACACGGUCGUGGACUACUUCACAUCCAUCCUAGGCAAAGAUUUUGAGAGAAUGGGGUUGGUCUAUCAAAAGUAUUGUAAGGCCAUGAAGGACCUGUCAUUGGCCAUCAUGGAGAUCCUAGCAAUCAGCUUGGGAGUAGAUCGAUCGUUCUACCGAGAAUUCUUCGAGGACAGCAGCUCUAUAAUGAGAUGCAACUACUACCCUCCAUGCCAAGAGCCGGAGCUCGCACUCGGGACCGGACCGCAUUGCGACCCAACCUCGCUAACCGUUCUCAAACAAGACCAGGUGGGGGGGCUCGAGGUGUUCGUUGACGGUGGAUGGCAGUCUGUCCGCCCGAUACGUGACGCUCUCGUGAUCAAUAUUGGCGACACGUUCAUGAUUGCAAACUCAUGA